AUGUUCUCCAACUCUCCCCAUCCGAGCUCUGACAGACCUAUCACACAGGCCGAUCCGGGCCAACAUCGGGACUCCACAGACUCGGAUGUGAUCCACCACCUCUAUUUCGAAGACAACGAUAGUUUCUUCCCACCUAGUUGGUUGGGUAAAGAGUCAGAGCGACGCAGACCAUCGAAUGAGAGCACAGAAAGCAAGGACUCCCAGGAUAGGGAGAGGAACGCUGUCCACUGA